GGAGCGGGCAGGGAGGGUCCGCAUGUGGGAUGCAACCUGAGCUGGACUCCGUGCAGGAAUAAGAUCGUCUCAGGGAGGCAUCUGUAUACGGUCGACCGUUGCCAGCGUCGAGAUGUUCACAAGUUCCGAUCAGUCCCUGUCGCCCUCCCUCGCACCGACCUUCCACUCGUCGCCCAUGUGCGGCCCCGGCGGGCAGCAGCGCGUCCACUCGUCCCUGUCCCUCCCCGAACCCGAGCCCUGGAGGAAGCCCCUCCCGGCCGCCCGGCCCGGCCUGGCGCAGGGCGUCCGUUCCUGCUCCCUGCAGGUGCCCCACAGCGAGUUCCUGGAGCUCCCGGCUCGGGCGGCCAGCUUCGACCUUCCGCGCGGCGGAGGCGACGAUUCCGACCGGGGUUCGGGGUCCCCCAGCCCGCACGGGGUUCUCCGGCGCCGCGGGGGUCUCGUGGAGCAGAAGGACAUCAUCAUGGCUCACCAGGCUCACAAGAUCCAGAGCACGCCGCAAGCUCGCAGGAAAGAGUGGGAAAUGGCGCGCUUCGGCGACGAGUCGGCCCCGAGCACCGUGGACUCCGGGGACGGAGACGCGGAGCGCGGCGGCGGUGACGCGCAGGACUGCGGGGCUUCGGCGGCGGCCGGAGGAGGAGGAGGAGGAGGAGGCGCGGACGGAUCGGGAGCGAUGACGGCGUCCAUGAAGCAAGCCAAGGCGCAGCGGGCCCGGACCAUGGCUCUGUACAACCCGGUGCCGCACCAGCAGAACUGCUUGACGGUCAACAGGUCGCUGUUCAUCUUCGCGGAGGACAACAUCAUCAGAAAGUACGCACGCCGAAUCAUCGAGUGGCCGCCGUUCGAGUACAUGAUCCUGGCCACCAUCACCGCCAACUGCGUGGUGCUGGCUCUGGAGCAGCACCUGCCAGGAGAGGACAAGACCCCCAUGGCCAAGAGACUGGAGAAAACGGAGCCGUACUUCAUUGGCAUCUUCUGCUUCGAGGCGGGCAUCAAGUUAGUGGCGCUGGGCUUUGUUUUCCACAAAGGCUCCUACCUGAGGAACGGCUGGAACGUCAUGGACUUCAUCGUGGUGCUCAGCGGGAUCCUGGCAACGGCGGGCGCGCACAUGAACAUCCCCGUGGACCUUCGCACUCUGAGGGCCGUCCGAGUCUUGAGACCCCUCAAACUCGUCUCCGGCAUCCCCAGCCUGCAAAUUGUGCUCAAGUCCAUCAUGAAGGCCAUGAUCCCUCUGCUCCAGAUCGGCCUGCUCCUCUUCUUCGCCAUCCUCAUGUUCGCCAUCAUCGGUUUGGAGUUCUACAGCGGGAAGCUUCACCACACCUGCCUGCCAUCGGCCGACAUCCUCGAUAACGAAACUGUGGAUUCAUCCGAGUUGGCGUUUGCGUGCGGCGUGAGGAAGUGUCCGGAGCAGUACGACUGCAACGACACGUGGAUCGGCCCCAACGACGGCAUCACGCAGUUCGACAACAUCCUGUUCGCCGUCCUCACCGUCUUCCAGUGCAUCACCAUGGAGGGAUGGACGGCUGUUCUCUACAACACGAAUGACGCACUGGGUCCCACGUGGAACUGGAUGUACUUCAUCCCACUCAUUAUCAUUGGCUCCUUCUUUGUUCUCAACCUGGUGCUGGGAGUCCUGUCUGGAGAGUUUGCCAAGGAGAGGGAGCGGGUGGAGAACAGACGAGCCUUCAUGAAGCUGCGGAGGCAGCAGCAGGUGGAGCGCGAACUGAACGGCUACCGGGCCUGGAUAGACAGGGCAGAGGAAGUCAUGCUGGCAGAGGAGAACAAGAAUUCAGGGAGAUCAGCAUUAGAUGUACUGAAGAGGGCGAGUAAGAAGACGGGGGCACGGCGAGGAGCCCCAGGCGAAGACAAGUACACGGACAUGUCCACUGCCAGCAUGUCCCGCUCCAGGAUGAACUUCCGCAGCGGUCGGCGCGGUCCGGCCGCUUACCUGCGGCGCAAAGAGCGCAUGCUGCGCAUCUCCAUCCGCCGCAUGGUGAAGACCGACACGUUCUACCUGAUGGUGCUGAGCCUGGUGGCUCUCAACACCAUCUGCGUGGCCAUCGUGCACCACGACCAACCCGACUGGCUCACUAUCUUCCUCUACUAUGCAGAGUUUGUGUUCCUGGGGUUGUUCUUGGCUGAGAUGUUCCUGAAGAUGUAUGGCUUGGGUUUCCGCCUCUACUUCCAUUCGUCUUUCAACUGCUUCGACUGUAGCGUUAUUGUUGGCAGCAUCUUCGAAGUGGUUUAUGGCUUCUUCAGGCCCGGGAUGUCUUUUGGCAUCAGCGUUCUCAGGGCGCUGAGACUUCUGAGGAUUUUCAAGAUCACCAAGUACUGGGCCUCUCUCAGGAACCUGGUUGUGUCGCUCAUGAGCUCCAUGAAGUCCAUCAUCAGCCUGCUUUUCUUGCUCUUCCUCUUCAUUGUGGUGUUUGCGCUGCUGGGGAUGCAACUUUUUGGGGGACGGUUCAUCUUUGAAGAUUACACUCCCACCAACUUUGACACGUUUCCAGCUGCGAUCAUGACAGUGUUUCAGAUAUUAACGGGCGAAGACUGGAAUGAGGUGAUGUACAACGGCAUUCGCUCGCAAGGAGGCGUGCAGUACGGAAUGUGGUCAUCCAUCUACUUCAUCGUGCUCACGCUCUUUGGAAACUACACACUCCUCAAUGUCUUUUUGGCCAUCGCUGUGGACAACCUGGCCAACGCGCAGGAACUGACGAAGGAUGAAGAGGAGGAAGAGGAGUUCUUCAACCAACGGUAUGCCAGAGGGAGAGAUGGCUUAAUAUCUGAUGGCAGAAGAAGGCCCUACCUAUACAGGAAACGCGCCAUCCACCGAGGUCGACCCGCGUUCCCCGACGAGGCGGACGGAGCCAUGGCAGCCGCGGAUGAGCAGCCCCUAAACAGCUCCAACGCCUUCGCCAACCGCCGUGAGAGGCGGAGAAAAGUCAACAUGUCAGUGUGGGAGCAGAGGGCCAAUCAGCUGCGAAAACGCCGCCAGAUGGCUAGCAGGGAGGAGCUCUUCAGCAGCCCCGCCGAGGACACCAUUGAAACGCCCAGUACCCACCACGUGCCCGCGCUCUCCGCAGAAGCUAGCCCGGCCCACCUCCCCGAGUCCCCCAUGUCCGUGGGGAUGCCCCUACCUGAACCGCCAAUGUCCAUAACUAUCCCCAUACCCGAACCCCCGGCGGCCGAGCCUCUGAUCAACCUCAACGAGGACAAAACGGGUGGCGCUAACCACCGAACUACAGGCGGGGGGCGGCACAGGAUUGCCCGCAAGUUCAGACCCGGUCAGGGGCCGGAGGAAGGGGCCAGACACCGACGCCACCGUCACCGCGACGCUCGCUCCGAGGCCAAGAGCCUGGACUGCACGCAUGCGCCGCAUGACGUGGCGCCGGUCAAGCGCUCGCUCAGUCAGGAGAGGAGGAUCCUGGACGAGAGGGAGGAGCACGAGGAGAAAGCUGAGGCGGAAGGCCAGGUCCAGGAUAAUUGCGGAAUGUGCAUCGUCAACCCGUAUGCAGACAUCGGAGAAGAUGGAAGGAUGCCCGAUAUUCCCGAACCUCCUCAGUGCGAGCGGCUUCUGGAUUGCCCGACCAUCCCGGUGGAGACGGCUCUGGAGGCCACGGAGUACACCGUAUGCAGCCUCGAAGCUGAGAAAUGUUCCGGCUCCCUCCACCGCCACAAGUCCACCCCAGAAGGAUGCGUGGCCAUCGAGAUGUCCGCGCAACCGCUGCUGGAGUUGACACCCAUGACAGUGAGCAGUAAAGAGCUGGAGGCCUAUAAUUCGGAGCAAAGAGACAAUGACGAAGACACAGAGGAAGAGGAGGAACCUCCUCUUCCUCCCAAACCUGUAGCUCCGGACAGCAUGUUCCUCUUCAAGGCCUCCAACCCGAUCAGAAGGAUUUGCCAUUACAUUGUCACCAUACGGUACUUCGAGAUGACCAUCCUCCUUGUGAUUGUGGCGAGUAGCAUCGCUCUGGCCGCCGAAGACCCCGUGUGCACCAGUUCGGAACGAAACAAGGUCCUGCGUUAUUUUGAUUACGUCUUCACCGGGGUGUUCACCUUUGAAAUGAUCAUCAAGAUGAUCGACCAGGGCCUGAUCCUGCACGACGGCUCCUACUUCCGAGACAUGUGGAACAUCCUGGACUUCAUCGUGGUGGUGGGGGCGCUCAUUGCCUUCGCUCUGACAAACAACAAAGGUCGUGACAUCAAAACCAUCAAGUCCCUCCGCGUUCUUCGAGUCCUGCGGCCGCUCAAGACCAUCAAGAGGCUUCCGAAACUCAAGGCCGUGUUCGACUGCGUGGUGACGUCCCUGAAGAACGUCUUCAACAUUCUCAUCGUGUACCAGCUCUUCAUGUUCAUCUUCGCCGUCAUCGCCGUGCAGCUCUUCAAGGGCAAGUUCUUCUACUGCACCGACAGCUCCAUGAACACCGAGAAGGAGUGCCAAGGCUACUACAUCGAUUACACAAGGGACAAGAAGGAAGUGAAGAGGAGAGAGUGGAAGCGACACGAAUUCCACUACGACAACGUGUGCUGGGCCCUCCUCACGCUCUUCACCGUCUCCACUGGCGAGGGAUGGCCUCAGGUGUUGCAGCACUCAACCGACGUGACGGAGGAGAGUAUGGGGCCGAGUCGAGGCAACCGCAUGGAGAUGUCCGUUUUCUACGUGGUGUACUUUGUGGUCUUCCCCUUCUUCUUUGUCAACAUAUUCGUGGCUCUGAUCAUCAUCACCUUCCAGGAGCAGGGCGACAAGAUGAUUCAGGAGUGCAGUCUGGAGAAGAAUGAGAGGGCCUGCAUUGACUUUACCAUCAGUGCCAAGCCCAUGACGCGCUACAUGCCGCAGAACAGGCAAACUUUCCAGUACAAGCUGUGGCACUUUGUGGCGUCGCCCUCUUUCGAGUACACCGUGCUGGUGAUGAUCGCCCUCAACACGGUGGUUCUCAUGAUGAAGUACCACUCGGCCCCCACAGCCUACGACACUGUCCUGAAGCACCUGAACACGGCCUUCACCGUCCUGUUCUCCAUGGAGUGCGUUCUCAAGAUCAUGGCGUUUGGUUUUGUGAAUUAUUUCCGAGACACCUGGAAUAUCUUUGACUUCAUCACGGUGCUUGGCAGCAUCACUGAGAUUGUUGUGGAUUUACAGUCGAUGAACACCAUCAACAUGAGCUUCCUAAAGCUCUUCCGAACAGCCCGGUUGAUCAAGCUGCUGAGGCAGGGUUACACCAUUCGCAUCCUGUUGUGGACCUUCGUUCAGUCUUUCAAGGCACUUCCUUACGUGUGCCUGCUCAUCGCCAUGCUUUUCUUCAUAUACGCCAUCAUCGGAAUGCAGGUGUUUGGAAACAUCAAGCUGAAUGACGAGAGCCACAUCAAUCAGCACAACAACUUUAAGACUUUUUUCGCGGCGCUCAUGCUGCUCUUCCGGAGCGCGACGGGGGAGUCCUGGCAGGAGAUCAUGCUUUCCUGUCUGUCGGGUCAGGAGUGCGAACCCGACCCCUCCAUCGCCCCCUUCACCUUGUCUCCGGACCACGAGGGCGGGUGCGGCACCGACUUUGCCUACUGCUACUUUGUCUCCUUCAUCUUCUUCAGCUCCUUCCUGAUGUUGAAUUUGUUCGUGGCCGUCAUCAUGGAUAACUUUGAGUACCUGACACGAGACUCCUCCAUCCUCGGACCACAUCACCUGGACGAGUUUGUCAGGAUCUGGGGAGAAUACGAUCGUCUGGCAUGUGGGCGCAUCCACUACACCGCCAUGUAUGAGAUGUUAACACACAUGUCUCCCCCCCUGGGCCUGGGCAAGAAAUGCCCUGCCAAGAUCGCUUAUAAGAGGCUGGUGCUGAUGAACAUGCCGGUGGACGAGGACAUGACGGUGCACUUCACCUCCACGCUCAUGUCGCUCAUACGCACGGCACUGGACAUCAAAAUAGCGCGAGGUGGCGAGGACCGCAUCGCCUUGGAUGUGGAACUGCAGAAGGAGAUCAGCAUCAUCUGGCCCUACCUGCCCCAGAAGAACCUGGACCUUCUGGUUCCCAUCAACAAAGACACAGACAUGACGGUGGGGAAGAUCUACGCCUCCAUGAUGAUCAUGGACUACUUCAAGCAGAACAAGGCCAAGAAGCUGCGGCAACAGCUGGAAGCUCAGAAGAGCAACCUGAUCUUCAAGCGUCUGGAUGCGUCCACCCUCCCCGAGGACAUUCUGUCCAACGCGCAGCCUCUGCCCAUGAUGGCCCACAGCGCUGGCUCCGCCCUGACACGAGGGGGUUUUGUGGCCUUGAGUCCCAUCUCGCCACAGGAGCUAUUUCUGCAGUCCAUGAACUCAGACACGGAUGCUGGUCAGCAACAGAACCCGACGGAGGCCGCCGGUGGAUCACUGAAGCGUUCCGCCUCUUCUGCGUCAGACCAACAGGUCAACGGUCUCUGGCCGGAAGAGAAAAGUCCCGGGCGCUUUUAUCGACCCCGUCACAAGAGCUACAAGGCAGCAGUGUCUCGGUCGGAGCACUGGCAGCACGGCGAGCGGGACCGAGGCCGGUCCAAGGAGCGUUGCCACCUUCUCUCGCCGGACGCGUCGCGCUGCAACUCGGAGGAGCGCAGCUUGCAGCCGUCGCGUUCCUCCAGCGUGGAAAGGACAUGCCGCCGAGACAAACAGGGUAACAGCUCAGACAGUCCCGUGCCCUCCACGUCGGAGUCCAGCACCCCCAGUGUCCGACGACCCUCAUCGCAAACCCCCACGCGCUCUCGUCCUCACAUCUCCUACUCGCCGCUGGUGUGUCGCACCGACCCCUCCUGCGGCGAGGACGACGUGACGGAGGCAACCGAGCGGGACCAGGAGGCCGCCGUCGAGGACGGAGGGGGCGACGCGGGCCGGCACCCUUCGCCGCUGCGCCGCUAUCCCUCCGAGCCCUUCCUGGCCUCGCAGGAGGAGGACCACAGCCCCGACCCCACCGGCCCCCUGGAGACGUUGACCUUCGAGGCGGCCGUGGCCUGCAGCCUGGGACGCUCGAACACCGUCACCUCCGCCCGCCCGCGCUUGCGGACUGGCUGGCAGGUCCCCAACGGGCACUUUCGCAAGCGUCUGGCGCAGACGGCCUCGGUGGCGGGCAACGACCCGCUCAGCGACACCGAGGAGGAUGACCGGUGCUAGGGACAAAGACGCAGCGACUUUUUGCUGCCGUCGUUUUGAAACGCAAGCUGACAGCAACAAAGAAAAACUUCUUUCCGAAACUGUCCUUGCCGAUUCACGUCAAACAAUUGCUAUUUAAAAAGAAAACAAAGGUCUACUUCCUGCCUUCUACUUGAUAAUAGACGAUUGUUCACUGGAAACAGCCACACGAUGAAAUGAUAGUAAAGUGGGGUAAACAAAUACGAUUUAUGUUCAUAAAUAGUAAACACGUUUAACAUUUACAAUUGUCGGCCCGGAUGUACAGUAGUUAUGUGUGUGUGCCCUGCUUAAAAUUACAGUCUUAAAUAGCGCAAUGGCCUCAUUUCACACAGCAGCAAGGUUAUCCCAUCACGCCUCGGAAAGACCUUUAAGAUUUUGAUGAGGUUCUGGAUGAAGGUCCGGCUACAGUUUGCUACACGUUUUAAAGCGUCAGUGGAGUGGUCCACCUCCGAGAAUCGUAACGGCACCUUCCGUCUGUUUGCCGUGCUCCACAGAUCAGAAAGUGGCCUAAAACGGUCAACAGAUUUUUUUUCUUUUGGUUUUUCAUUUUUAUUGGCUUUGCUGGAGGUCUACGCUCAAUCUAUUAACAUCGUUCUUAUGCAAUAUAGUCAUCUUAGCAUUUUGAAACGGGAAACCUGAAGGCAACCUACGACUUUUCCACGGUACUGUACAAUGACUCAAAUGACGCCAUUAGAUGAUUUAGUGUUGCUCAUUGCAGUGUUUAAGUUUAGUGUGAAUAUGUAACUACAUUUUCCUAUCAACGACUUUGCUGUAAAUACAUUGUGACUAUUGCAGCACCCACACAAAGGAGCUGACACUUUUCCAGAUAUGGAUCACCAAGCAACAAUAUUGCUGGAUUAUUUCUUUUAUACACUAUGAAUGGAUCUGCAUGGGGGGUGUCGUUUUUUUUUUUCCUUUUCAUCUAUUUCAUAACUUGUGAGAUAAGAAUGCGCCUUGUAGAAUCAUAGAAAACUCUUAUUUGUUAUUUCAGCCAGCUAAAUUAACCUUUAAAACCGUUCUGUAUCAUUCCUGUUUGUAUUCCCAGUCGACAGACGCCCUUUACAGAUGGGAUCAAUGUAAUCGAUCAGGAACCCCAUCGACACUUUGUAUUGAUUUGUUUUUGUUUAGUUUUUUUUUUUUACUUUGUGAAUAUUCAAAAUAGAAACCAGUGGAGAUAGUGAUUGUAGAGACACAUCCCUACUACUCUAUUUACUAAUAAUGUACAGAGGCUUUUUUUUGGUACCAUUUAGGAUAAAAUACAUAAAUCGUAAAAAGGAUGGAAAGGCUUUACAAGCUUUAUUUUGAAGGGUCGCUAAAGAUGUGUCUGUUCAAAUUGCAUACACAAACCCAAAUCUGUAAGAAUCAUGUCCCCCCCACCUCUAAAAAAUUGUUUUAUGAGUUCCUGAAGAAAUAACUUGAAAAAAAAAACAUUUGUAAAUGUAUAAUACCUGUAUAUACAAAUAAAUGUGUCCC